GUAAAACGAUAACACGAUAAAUAAAAUAAAUAUUUUUCGUGUGACAUUCUUUACUAGACGUCGAACUGGAAACUCGCUUAUUGAUGGCUUUCUUCAAUAAAAUCACUAAUGUUUAAUCGGAACUAUUUGCGAGUAGUAGGCUUUGUUCAGUGAGACAAACGAGCGAAUUUGUCGAUAUUUGUUGUUGUCUUCUUACAUUUGUCAUUCUACACAUCCAGCUGUCCAUAUGAACUCGUGACCUACGUUAUAAGAAGCUGCAGUGUUCGUGAAGGCAUACUGUGUGUGGUGUGUGGGAUCUGAGUAAAUUUUACUUUGCGGAGCCCUACACACACGUACGGAAAUAUGAGUCGUAGUGCAAUGUCGGUGCCUUCCAGCGGCAGCUCAGGCAACAACAAUAUGGAAACCUCGUCUAGUUCGACCUUUAUCAAAACCAUUGAGUGGGACAUGAUGGACAAGACAAAAUUCUUUCCCCUGUCCAUGCUGAGUUCGUUUUCGGUGCGUUGCUGUCUGUUCCCCCUGACUGUGAUUAAGACGCAGCUUCAAGUUCAACACAAAAGUGACGUUUACAAGGGCAUGUUUGAUUGUGCAUACAAAAUUUAUCGUUCAGAAGGUGUACCCGGUUUAUACCGCGGCUUCUGGAUCUCUUCAGUGCAAAUUGUGUCGGGUGUAUUCUAUAUCAGCACGUACGAGGGUGUCCGACAUAUUCUAAAAGAUUUGGGAGCAGGACAUAAUGUAAAAGCCUUGGUGGGCGGCGGAUGUGCAUCCUUGGUGGGGCAGACAAUUAUAGUUCCUUUCGAUGUAAUUUCUCAACACGCCAUGGUCUUGGGUAUGGCACGACAUGGUCCCAAGGCUGACCUAAAUCCCCUCGGUAUAGACACAAGUCCUGGUCGCAGUCGUAUAACAAUUUCCAUAGAUAUAGCCAAAGAGAUUAUGCGUCGUGAUGGAUUUCAGGGUUUUUAUCGAGGCUACACUGCCAGUUUAAUGGCUUAUGUUCCGAACUCAGCGAUGUGGUGGGCAUUUUAUCACUGGUAUCAAGAUGAACUUUGUCGAAUAUGCCCACCAUGGGUUUCACAUCUACUUAUACAGUGUGUUGCUGGCAGUAUGGGUGGAUUUACAACAACGAUACUUACAAAUCCAUUAGAUAUAGUAAGAGCGAGAUUGCAGGUUCAACGUCUCGAAAGUAUGAAAAUUGCCUUCCGAGAACUUUGGCGCGAGGAAGGUUUAAAUUGUUUCUUCAAAGGACUGUCGGCUCGUUUAGUUCAAUCUGCAGCCUUCUCAUUUAGUAUAAUUUUAGGUUAUGAGACAAUUAAGAGAAUAGCAGUUGAUGAGAGGUAUAAACAAAAUAUCCGUUGGUAAUACUAUACACCUAAGCCCAGCGAACGAACGACCUUCCUUUCUAUGGAGCUCGAAUCCAGACCCACCAACUAAACGUGGAAUGCACAAAUUCAAUCAUGAUGGUGAUGACGACAAAUUGCCCCAUAAUUUUACAAUAGCGGACAACAAACAGAAAACCGAAUGGUUCCAUGCAUUUAAAGAUAUAUAACCGAGUUUUGGACAAAAUGCAACACACAUAGCAAGAACAAAACGCUACACAAUACAAAAAACAUGAUUUUUUUUAAACCAUCAUCUAUAUAUAGAAUAAUUAGCCAAAGAGGUUUGUUGGCCUAUUAAAACAAAUCACCUGGAGCCCCCUUUGUAUUCAUCGCAACAUAUUGUUUUAGACAAUUUUCUAGUAAUGUAAGACCGAAGAUGUAACACAUAGUCAUUUCAAUCAAACUUCUUUUUGUACAUAAACGUAAAUACAAUUGUUUGUAUAUUUGGUGGUCUUUUUUUAAUUAUUAUUUGAAAACCAUGCAAAACUUUAAUUAGCCAAUUAUAUAGCAAUGACAGACAAGACAAAAGAGAAGGAGGCCUGCCUCAAAGUCCAACUUGGUCUUUGGGACCAGUGUUUAAUUGUUGUUAUUGUUAAGUUUAAAAGCCAACCUUUAAAAUAUAAUUAUAGCGCUUAUCUUAUGUGUUUGCUUGUUACAAUUAUUUUAUUUUAAUUUUUGUUGCUAGUUACAAUGAAAACUAUCUACCUGGACCUAAUCAUCAUUUGAGCUAACUUAAUUUUGAAAAUUUUGUAAAUGUUGUUAAUUGAUAAGUCAAUGUACCAUAAUACAAAUAUUUAGCUGCGAUAGAAAUUUAUGUAGAUGUAUUACUAAAAGAAAAAAUAUUGGAAUUUGAAUGAAAAAAAUAGCAAAAGAAGAGCUAUGUACAAUAAUUUAUAUAAAAAAAAGAACUUAAUAACAAACAAAACCGAAACUUGUAAUAAAGUACAAAUAAAAAAAUUGAAAAGCA